AUGGACGAUUCCCCCGAUGAUGGACCCCCUGCUGGACUGUUCUUUGCAGACUCUGACGAAGAUGAAGACGUCAAAAUGAAUGGACCACCGUCUCCAAUCUCAGACCAAAUCGAGGAUGCGAAACUCUUUUUGCAUGACAGUGACGAUGAAGGCCUUGAAUUUGAGCGGGAUAUUUUAUCGAAGCCACUCAAAAGGAUGAAGUCAGAGGACAAUUUGAAGACUGACGACGAGAUGUUGGGUAUCGAGAACUUGCCACAUCCCUCUAGUCCGUGUAGUUCGAUCUCAGAGCACAUUUCUAUUUCCUCCGAGGGUGACGAAGAGAAAGCCGAAGUUAUUAAACCUCCGCCGGCGAAAAAACGUCGGAUAUUUCCAACACCACCACCUACUGCACCGCCAGCCUCAACCGAUGAUGUAAAAUUCCCUGCGUUUAUUGGGGAAUUCCUCGUUGUGAAUGCAUGGAGUACAGUGUCAGGCAAAGGAUAUGUCAAGAGGAAUGACAUCGUGAGGAUAGCAAGAGAUGACGAUGAUUCCAAUGCCUCCUCAAAGUCCGGAAAGGAGAAGAAUGGCGCGAACGGCAAGAAGAAGUCGGACGGUAAAAAACAAAUGUCGUUGACUUCGAUGCUGAAGUCAAAGCCUGCAAAUUUCAAGAAGAAAAAAGCUGAUACAAUUGUGCGGCUCGUCAAUCAGAAGGGUUUUGAAUUCGGUCGCUUGCCGCAAGAGGUUUCUUGGUGGGCAUCAAAACUUCUCGAUCUGGGUGUCGUCGAGCUACGCGCCAAAAUGACUGAAUGCCCGGACAAACUUAACACCGGCUGUGAACUGAUAGCCUCUAUUGACGUUUUCUUGCUCCCUUCCGCCUUCGCUCACAAAGAUUCCGCAAGUUCCGAUAAGCCCACCAUGUUCUGGGGCGAAGGGAUCGAAACAGCCGAGGAAACAGCUCUCCGAGAACGCAAAAAUGCUAUGUUGAAGAUGUUUGAUGUGCUUGGCCUUCGACCGAAGGCAGGUGCCAGCGUUACUGGGAACAAGGAGGAAGAGCUCCAGCAAGAAGCGACGCAGAUCUAUACCCAGAGCCAAGCCGGGAAGAAGAGAACUGAAACUGUGGGCGACGGCGAAGAGAUUGAAGUCGAAGAAGGCGAAGAGCUUUCUAGUAAUGACAUCAAUAUGAUAUAUAGAAAGGCGCAGCAUCACGAUCGCCAAAUGGGUACAAUGGAACCUGCAGAGUCGUUCGCACUACAACUUCGUGGAUACCAGAAGCAAGCGUUAUUGUGGAUGAAUUCCGUAGAAUCAGGAAAGGCGGAUGCACGUGAACCGUCUUCGAUGCAUCCUCUAUGGAGCGAAUAUCUGUUUCCUAUUCAGCCUAGCACAGAGGGCAUUAUCGAUCUUACAGAUGAGAACGAGCAAUAUUUCUAUUUCAACCCUUAUUCAGGAGAAUUGAGCUUGGCUUUCCCUAAAGCGGAGCGCAAUUGCAAGGGAGGGAUUCUAGCAGAUGGUGAACAUCGUUCUUUUCGUUUCCAUUUGUACACCUCGCUGAUGCAUGUUUCAUGGCUAUCCAUCACUCGCUCACAGAAAGUAAGUGGACUUCACCUAGAUUUGAGUGGUGAGACUGCUGAUGGUAUUCAUGCAGUGGGAAUGGGCAAAACUAUCAUGAUAUCCGCCCUUAUUCAAACCACUCCCGGGACCGAUGAACCGAUAGAUGGCGCUUCCUCUGCUACAAAACAUCGACAGCUCAAACUCAACAGUGCUUUCCGCCCCAUCACUAAACGUGCGAGACAACGAUCAAGGCCACCUUCAGCAACGCUUAUCGUGGCACCUACCUCCUUGAUCAACCAAUGGGCAGAGGAAAUUGAAAGAUCUAGCAAACCUGGGACUGUCGACGUGCGGGUUUGGCAUGGGCAGAAUCGAGAUGAUUUGGAGGCCUUCGUCGAGCAUGAAGAACCCGAAGAGAUAAUCGAUGAUGAGGAUGAAGAGAAGCUAUCGGAGAGGAAGAUGUCCCCGAUCAAAGUCGUCGUAACUUCCUACGGUACAUUAGCUUCGGAGCAUGGCAAGUCGGAGAAGUCGUCGUCUUCGAUCUAUGAUAUCGAAUGGCUCAGGGUUGUACUUGACGAGGCACAUGCAUGCAAAUCUCGAACAAGUAAAACCGCAAAAGCCGUUUACGCACUGAAGGCGAGACGGAGAUGGGCCGUAACGGGUACCCCGAUUGUAAAUAAACUUGAUGAUUUGUUUUCACUUUUGAAAUUUUUGGAUUUCAAGCCGUGGUCCGACUUUUCCUUCUUCCGAUCUUUCAUAUCACUCCCAUUCUUGGCGCACGAUCCGAAAGCGAUCGAAGUCGUUCAGGUCAUCUUGGAGUCGAUUCUACUGCGAAGAGAAAAGAAUAUGAGGGAUGAGGAUGGGAAGAGGAUUGUCGAACUGCCCUCAAAAGAGGUCAAAAUUGAACUGCUCGAGUUUUCACCCGCAGAACGAAAGAUUUAUGACUCAAUCUACUCGUCUGUGAAACGUAACUUUGACUCACUGAACGCGAAGGGACUGUUAAGCAAGAACUACACUAAUAUUUUGGCUAUGAUUAUGAAGCUUCGCCGGGCUGUUCUUCACCCCAGUCUCGUUUUGGACGAAGGUGGCCGGGCACUUUCACCAACCGGUGAUGGUACAGUUGACGUUAACGAGUUAAUCAAAAAGUUCAGCGAAGAUCAAAGUGCGGGAGAUGAUGAAACGAGCAACGUUUUUGCGGAGACAGUACUUGUGAACUUGCACGAGGACGAAACGGCAGAAUGCCCAAUAUGCCUGGACGUUAUGGAUAUGCCUAUGGUCAUUCCCGAGUGUAUGCAUCAGUGCUGCAAAGAUUGCAUUAUGAUGUAUAUCGCAACCUGCGAAACCAAAGGUGAAGAAACGAAGUGUCCCAAUUGUUCUCGGGGUCCUAUCAAGCAAACUACCCUGAUGGAAGUCAUCCGUCCUCCGCCAUCCUCGCAAAACCCACAACCGGAGGUAAUCCUUCGCCGAAAUGAUUUCACUUCCUCUACAAAGUUGACCGCUCUGACGAAUCACCUCCGUCGGUUGCGUGAUCAAGAUCCAUGUUUCAGAGCUGUGGUAUUCUCCCAGUUUACAAGUUUUCUUGAUCUCAUGGAAACAGGGAUGAGGAGGGAGAAGUUUGAUUAUUACCGUUAUGAUGGGUCUAUGGAUAUUAAGAAACGAAACGCGGUGAUUACUGCGUUCAAGGAACCAUCACGUACGCCGAAAGUUGCGCUGAUCAGUUUAAAGGCUGGUGGAGUGGGGUUGAACUUGACAGUUGCGAAUCAUGUCUUUAUGAUGGACUGUUGGUGGAAUGCGGCCACUGAAAACCAAGCUAUCGACCGUGUUCACCGACUCGGGCAGGAAAAGUCGGUCUAUGUAACACAUUUUCUUAUAUCCGAUACGAUAGAGGGCCGUAUCAUUCAGAUACAAAAACGGAAGACGGCUAUCGUGAAGGAGGCAUUCCGCGGUUCGGGUAGUGGGAAUGGCAAAGGGAAUCCGGAAAGUAUUGAGAAUCUGAGGAUUAUGUUUGGGGAAAAGGAUUGA